CAGGUGGGGAGGAGAACAGCGCACCCAACAGCGCAGGGCAAUUGUCUUGGAGUAAACUUUCCUGGCUGUGCAUAUUUUUCAUGCCAUGAUAACGGAUUUUUGUGCUGAGCGCAUGUUCUCUCUCUAUGUCAUAAUUCGUAAGCCACAUCACGUAACCCACUUUUCGUAGGAAGCCGAAUGCUUAUUUAUUUCUUUAUUUAUUUUUAUUUGCUUUAAGUCCAGCGGUGGCGUUGAUCAAGGCGUUUCUUCCUAAAGGGACCGUAGCUGAAACCUGAACUCUAAGCUUCUUCUUGCUCCAGUCAGCUGUCGAUGCGAGCUCGCCCGGCACGAGAUGACGACUGAAACUCCACAACAGCAGUUGGACCCGCCGCCAAAUUUACGAACAAACCCGGAGACCGGUGUUUUAAAUUCCGGUCUGAUGAACCCACAAUCCGAUGCUGAGAGCGCAGCUACUACCGUCUGUACUAAAGGAAAAAAGACGAACUCUGGUCUAAGGAGACCAGAGAAGCCUCCUUAUUCAUACAUUGCCCUCAUUGUGAUGGCUAUACAAAGCUCCCCGAUCAAGAGGUUGACACUGAGUGAGAUUUAUCAGUUCCUCCAGGCCAGGUUCUCGUUUUUUAGGGGAUCUUACCAAGGUUGGAAGAAUUCUGUCCGACACAAUCUUUCUCUGAACGAAUGUUUUAUAAAAUUACCAAAAGGCUUGGGGAGACCGGGCAAGGGCCACUACUGGACUAUUGAUCCAGGCAGCGAGUUUAUGUUUGAGGAAGGGUCGUUUCGCCGCAGACCUCGCGGAUUCCGCAGAAAAUGUCAGGCUUUGAAACCCAUGUAUCGGAUGAUGAACGGAAUUGGGUUCAGUACAUCUAUGUUAUCGAAAAACUUCGAUUUUCAGGCGCCCGCCACAUCCAUGGCUUGCCACACCAGUGGCUAUAGCUUGGACAUGAUGGCGAAUUUGCCACUGGGCUAUGAGGGGCAUAACGGUGGUCAUCACGUUCCCCACUUGUCACCCAGUACAGGAUCCACACAAAUGGGAAGUUGUCCAGUAACGUCUAAUGGAGACUAUGGCCCUGACAGCAAUAGUAGCCCAAUGUAUUCUUCCUUGUCCAUGGGCAGGCGCUUAGACUGUCACACUCCCUAUACAAGCACUACUACAAACUGGCCAUCUCCCAGUGCUUCUCCGUAUGUCAAGCAACAACCUCUGGUCUCUAGUAACCCACCAACAUCCACCGGGUUACAUUCCAGCGUGUCUAAUUCGUUUGAACAAAGCUAUCUCCAUCAAAACGCAAGGGAUACGGCUGAUAUUUCAGAGGGAAUAUCUCAAUACCAGACCCACUCCUCUCAAGUCCGUGACAGAAAAGACUUUGUUUUGAACUUUAACGGAUUGUCUUCGUUUCAUCCAUCAACCGGUGGAUCUUAUUAUCACCAGCAGUUACACCAUCAGCAGCAUCACUACCACAGCGUCUGUCAAGAUGUCAAGCCUUGCGUUAUGUGAGUCUGAGUCUUCGAGUAUGAAAACGUAACGGAGAGUAAUGGCGUAUAAUUAUGUAUACGCACAAAUAUUGGCGCCAACAUAUGAAUCACUUCGCCUCCUAUUCGUUCCAAAACUACAUCCGUUAUAGCCUACUUUAAAUAGACGUAUACGAUUGUUAAUUGUUCAUAAAUUGCGAAUGUCUGUAUCUGUACACCUGCACAAAGCUUUGACCAGAAUUGUAGAUUUUGCACUCUUGAAAAUAAGAAAAAUAAAGCUGAUGGCUAUAUUUUAAAUAAGUUACCUGUGUUUCACUUUGAGAGAGUGGAAACUCUUUCCAGUUUUAUAUACUUUUUUUUUGCAUGGUCCUUUUU